AUGGGGCCCGGCAGCUUUGUGGCGCUGCGGCUCGGGGCGCAGAUGUGCCGCAGGGCCGUUUUUCCCCGCGCUUGGCCCGCGGCUGGUGCCGGGGGUCGGCUUCGGCUGCUGGCCGUGGGAACGCCUACGGCGAGGGCAACACUCAGCAGGGCCUGCCUGGCCCCGGACCGAGCGCGCGGCCUGCACGGCGGGCCAGGCCUGGAGGAGCAGGCCGAGGGGACAGCCGGCGAGGGACUCCCGGAGUCUGGCACCGCAGAUCACGCUGGUCCCAAGUUUGACAUCGAUAUGCUGGUUUCACUUCUGAGGCAAGAAAAUGCAAGAGACAUUUGUGUCAUCAAAGUUCCUCCAGAAAUGAAAUAUACAGAUUACUUUGUGAUUGGUAGUGGCACUUCCACUCGACACUUACAUGCCAUGGCCUACUACAUUGUGAAAAUGUACAAACACCUGAAAUGUAAAAGUGAGCCUCACGUAAAGAUCGAAGGGCAGGACACUGAUGACUGGCUCUGUGUGGACUUCGGCAGCAUGGUGAUUCAUUUGAUGCUUCCAGAAACCAGAGAAACCUAUGAAUUAGAAAAAUUAUGGACCCUACGUUCUUACGAUGACCAGUUAGCUCAGAUAGCACCUGAGACCUUACCUGAAGACUUCAUUCUUGGAAUAGAAGAUGACACUUCAUCUCUGACUCCUGUGGAGUUUAAAUAUGAAUAA